AUGACGCGCGGCCUCCAGUUCUUGCUCCUGAUCUGCGUCUGUAGCCUAGCAUCUGCGACGCAAGACGUGAAGGUAAUCUGUUCUGAGGAUGUGGACUUGCCCUGUACAGCCCCCUGGGACCCGAAGGUCUACUACACGGUUUCCUGGGCCAAGCUUACAGAGCGGGGUGAAGAGGUGAUAGAGAUGCCUCAGGAAGAUCUGAGCUCCAGUAAACAGGACUACUACUGGAAGGAGCAAAACAGCUCCCUCCCAGCCCCCAGUGUAAAGCUGUAUUCCCUGAAGAUCCGAAACACUACCAGCUGUAACAUGGGAAUGUACCGGUGUACUCUGUGGGACCCGGAAAGGCAGAGAAACCAGAGUGGCACCGUGAUCCUGAGAGUCAUAGGAUGCCCCAAGGAACACGAAGAAACUUUUAAGAACUACAGAGCAGAGAUUGUACUACUGUUGGCUCUGGUCGUUUUCUACUUAACACUCAUCAUUUUCACGUGUAAGUUUGCAAGACUGCAGAGUAUUUUCCCAGAUGUUUCUAAACCUCUUAUGGAGCGAGCUUUCCUCCCAGUCACCUCCCAAAAUAAACAAUCGGGGCCAGAUUUGAUUCUUCAGAAGACAGAAGUGGUAUAA